AGGGCCAAAGUAGUCAUCGGCAGUGGAGUCGUUUCAGGUGUCUGAGACUCUGAGGCAUUGAACAGACAGCAGGGAGAGAAAUAGAUCGAAGUUACAAAGGGGAGGAUCCGUGAUGAACCCCUAGGAUUGAUCCGAACACGCCCAUACAGUCCAAUACAUCUCCACCCGUUGCCCCCAGUCCCAUCUCAAUAUGAGUUUCUUUGGCCUGAGUUUCGGCGGCAAUGCCGAUAUUGACAUCCUGCUGGAUGGUCAGGAGGAUCGGAAAAUGGCCGAGAUCAAGGAUGAGAAUGGUCGCAAGGAACGUCACUAUCUUUAUUUCGACGGUGAAUCCGUCACGGGAAAGGUGAACGUCACUUUGCAUCGGAAAACGAACCGGCUCGAGCAUCAAGGCAUCAAGAUCGAGUUCAUCGGCCAAAUCGAGUUGUAUUACGAUCGUGGCAAUCAUCACGAGUUUCUUUCCCUCGUCAAACAAUUGGCCGGACCCGGUGAUCUGACUCAAAACACGGCCUUUGAUUUCGAGUUCAACCAGGUGGAAAAGCCUUACGAAUGCUACACGGGGGCCAACGUCCGCCUCAGGUACUUUUUGCGUGUGACCGUGGUUCGACGACUGACUGAUAUGACGAAGGAAAUGGACUUGUUGGUGCACACCUUGGCUACCUAUCCCGAAAUGAACAACCCCAUUAAGAUGGAAGUGGGCAUUGAGGAAUGCCUUCACAUUGAGUUUGAAUACAAUAAAAGCAAAUAUCAUUUAAAAGAUGUGAUUGUGGGCAAGAUCUACUUUCUUCUGGUGCGAAUCAAGAUCAAGCACAUGGAAGUGACCAUUAUCAAACGUGAGACGACAGGAUCUGGACCGAAUACAUUCAAUGACAAUGAGAACAUCGCCAAAUACGAAAUUAUGGAUGGAGCUCCGGUAAAAGGCGAGUCCAUCCCCAUCCGCGUAUUUUUAGCCGGCUAUGAUAUUACCCCUACUAUGCGGGAUAUCAACAAGAAAUUCUCUGUGAAAUAUUAUCUGAAUCUGGUUCUGGUUGAUGAGGAAGAAAGGCGAUACUUCAAGCAGCAGGAAAUUACACUAUGGCGCAAGGGUGAGCGAAUGCGCAAAAACUUCCCGCCGAGUGCCAGCAAUUCUGUUCACCAGUUGCCUCAUGCUAUGGCACGUCAUUCUGCUGGAGACAUGCCCAGUCAGAAUAUCAGAACCGCCCCCACGCCCAGUGAGCCCAACACGCCCAUUACCGGUCCCAACAGUGCCACUGAAGGUGUGAUGGGUGGAAUCUACCACUCCCAAGGAGCGUCCGCGCUUCCUGGGCCCCCUAUUCACGAAGAACCCGUAGGCACCACUCCCAUUCCAGAAGAACGGCCAACCUCUGAAGUAUCGACGCCGGACUCGGCCCAAGAAGUUCGUGUUAAUGAGCCCAUCGCCCCGGAACCCGAACCUAUUAGACCAGAGGAACAACGAGUCGUCGUUGAAGAAACAUCUGAGAUGGUUCCAAAAGAAGAAACGGAACCAGUGCUCCCCGCAAACCCACCCAAAGUGGAAAGUAUAGAAAUCGAACCUGAACUUGAAACACCCAAGGAGGACCAAUCCCAGAAGCAGCCUCCAAAGGAAAAGCAAACAGAUCAAGACCAACAAUCAUCCAAUAAAAAGGACCCGUCAACAUCGCAGCCAUCGCCGGAUAAAUUUAGGGAGAGUCCUCCUCCGAUGAAUGACGACGUGGACUUGAGUGGUGAUAACAAUGACAUGGUCAAUUCUGAAGAGGAGAACAGCAAUUCAGUGGAUGAUCUAGUGGGCGUUCCAUCUGAUUCGAAUUCCAAGGCCAAGGAAGACCCCGUCCCAUCAUGAAGCCGUGCGCAACAAUCCGUCACGUAUUUCGUUGCAACCCUACACGUCAUGUUCCAUUUGUUUUUUAAUGUCUUCGCCAUUCAUAUUUUCCCAACCCUUUUCAGCGCUAGUGUUUCAACCAAUAGGCCCCCCCCCCCUCCUGUCUUUAAAAAUGAAACCUUGUUGCCAUGCGACGCGGUUUUCAAGUAAUUACAUACUUCAUACCCUUUCCCCUCCAUACAGCCCUACUGCUACGAAAUGAAGAAAGUAAAUGAUUUUUAUGGUUAUUUUUAAUAAUUAUGUUACUACGACGCAUUAUCUAUUGGAAUAAAAAAAAUAUAUAAAGUUUUUAGACGAAA